AUGCUGAAGUCGACACAUAAGAAGGAAGGACUACUUCCGUCGUCGUCUUUGCCCGAAGGAUGGACCGAGCAUACCGCUCCCAGUGGCCACAAAUAUUACUACAAUGCUUCCACGAAGCAAUCUACAUACACCCGCCCGGCCCUUGAACCUCCCGCUUCUAGCAUCUCGCAAGAUGAACCACUCUUCGCCGAAGAGGCAGCGCCCGACCCUGUCAUGCUGGCCACUCUACGGGCGCAAGAGGAAUUCUCGCGCAACAACGCUGGUGCCGGCCAACAGCAAACGGGCCAUUUCACCGGAGGCAAAAGCUACCAACAGCGACCACCACGCAAAGGCCACGGAGGCGACAGGCCGAAAAAGAAAAAGGAAAUCCCAGGCCAGGAGCCGUGGGUGCUGGUGUACACAAGGUUUGGACGGAGGUUCGUGCACAAUACCGAGACAAAGGAGAGUUUGUGGAAGUUUCCACAGGAGGUGAUGAUGGGGGUCAUCGAGAUGGAGGCCGCGGAGUGGAAGAAGAAGCAGGAGCAAGAUAAAACCCAAGACCUGGGAGAUUCAGCAAAGGAAACAAAGACGGCAGAACCUGGGGGCAGCGCUGCUCAGAAGGCAGCUACCCACGAGCCUACGUCCAGAGCGACUGAAGAGCGGCACGACCGCGGCGGCUACGAGAGCUCGGAUUACGAAGAAGUUGAAGUCACCGACGACGAAGAUGAAGCCGGUGAUGCCGAUGGUACAAACAAGCGCGCCCGCCUCGCAGCCGAGCAGGAGCCCACAGCACCUACCGGUCCAGCCGAGAUGACAGAAGACGACAUAGCCUGGCAGCUCGCGCAGAUGGAAGCCGACGACGGCGAUGAUGCAUACGACGACUACGACGACUAUGACGUGGACAACGAUGUCGAUGGCGAGGACGGAGACGCCAACCCAGAAGACGGCGGCCUGGAAAUCACUCCCGAAGACAACAUCUUCCUCUUCCGCUCCCUCCUCGACGAGACCCACAUCUCGCCCUACGCCACCUUCGACAGCCUCCUCACAGAUCCCCGCCUCAUCGACGACUCCCGCUGGGUCGCCCUGCCCAACAUGGCCUCCCGCAAAGACGUCUUUGCAUCGUGGUCGCGCGACCGCGUCGCCGCGGAGAAGGAGCGCCGCGCCGCCGAACCACAACGCAAAGAAGACCCGCGCGAAACGUACCUGCGCUUCCUGGGCGACAAGGCCAGCACCAAGCUGUUCUGGCCCGAGUUCAAGCGCAAGUUCAAGCGCGAGGAGAUCAUGAAGGCGUACGAGCCCACGGAGAAGGAGCGCGAGAAGCUGUACAGGGAGUUUGUGGGGAAGCUUAAACUGCCCGGUAGCACGAGGAGGAAGGAGUUGGGGGAGCUGCUGAAGGGGUUGCAGAAAGGGGCGGACGUGCAGCGGGAGGUGGUGAGGGACGUGAGGUACUGGGCCGUAGAAGCCAAGGAGAGGAAUGAGAUGGUCAGCGCAUGGAUGGGAACGUGA